AUGGCACCCCACGCAGACGACAACAGUGCCCCGCGGACGGGCAGCGCUUCAACCCCUCGCUUCCACGCUUCUUCCACGCAGUCAGCCAUCAAGGCUGAGGAAGAGUUCGCAGCACACAACUACCAUCCUCUACCUGUGGUCUUUGCUCGCGCUCAAGGUGUCCACGUCUGGGACCCCGAAGGCAAGCAAUAUCUCGACUUCCUCUCUGCUUACAGCGCCGUGAAUCAAGGCCACUGCCAUCCCGAACUCAUCAAGGCCCUGACCGAUCAGGCUAGUCGCUUGACGCUGAGCUCAAGAGCCUUCUACAACGAUGUGUUCCCCCGGUGGGCAGAGAAGGUGAAGGACGUCUUUGGCUAUGACAUGGUGCUGCCCAUGAACACGGGCGCAGAGGCCGUCGAGACCGCCAUCAAGAUCGCAAGAAAGUGGGCAUACAGGGUCAAGGGUGUUGAGGCUGGCAAGGCCUUGGUCUUCUCCGCGACUGACAACUUCCAUGGACGCACGGACAACUACGGCCCAUAUGUUCCCAACAUCGGCGCAACGUGCCCCUCGACCGGAAAUUCUAUUCGCUACAACCACAUCGAGGAUCUAGAAGCGGCAUUCGAGGCACACGGAAAGAACACUGCUGCGUUCAUUUGUGAACCCAUCCAGGGCGAGGCUGGCGUCGUGGUUCCGGAUGAGGGUUACCUGGCCAAGGUCCAGGAGCUUUGCAAGAAGCACAAUGUGCUGUUCAUCUGCGACGAGAUCCAGACGGGUAUCGGCCGCACAGGUCGCAUGCUCUGCUCUGAGUGGGCUGGCAUCAAGCCUGACAUGGUCACUUUGGGCAAGGCCAUCUCAGGUGGCAUGUACCCAGUCAGCUGCGUGCUCAGCAGGAAGGAGGUCAUGCUGGUAGUCGAGCCUGGCACACACGGAUCGACCUACGGCGGCAACCCGUUGGGCUGCGCCGUGUCGAUCCGCGCUCUGGAGUUGAUGGAGGAAGAGGAUCUGACUGCCAAGGCCGAGAAGUUGGGCAACAUCUUCCGCGACGGCAUUAAGGCUCUCAACUCGCCCAUCAUCAAGGUGAUUCGCGGCAAGGGUCUUCUCAACGCCGUCGUCAUCGAUGAGUCGGCUGCGUCAGGCAGGACGGCUUGGGACCUAUGUCUCUUGUUGAAGAGUAAGGGACUGCUUGCCAAGCCUACCCACGGCGAUAUCAUCCGCUUUGCGCCGCCUUUGGUCAUCACCGAGGCUGAGUUGAGGAAGGGUCUGAACAUCAUUGCUGAGGCCAUCAAGGAACUGCCUAGCGUGGAGAAUGCUAGUGGUCACUAG